AUGGAGGGCAAUUCCAUCUGCUCAGCCGCUUAUUCAUUUAGUCAAUCUAAGAAUACAAAACAAAAUGGGGACAUCUUUUUUACGCCUAUGCUAAGCAAGGAGAGAAAGGAAAGCCAUUUGAAGGGGACUAGCCAAAACGCUCAGGAGGGUUACAACUACCAUCCCAGAAAGGAAAAAAAUGCCACCAAGAUAAAAAAAAACGUGAACAAAUUAUUUAAGACGUUAUAUCCGAAUGAAGCACAGAUGGAGGGAAGGGAGGGAAAGGAAUAUCAUUACCAAGGGAGGAACAUGGAGUGUGUGCAUGGUAAGCAGGAAACUCAGGUUAAUAGUAGGAGUUACGAUGGGGUGGGAGCUGCCUCCUACAGUGCAGUGCCGAGGGGGAGUCACGAUGAAGGAGUGCGCAACAGCCAACGCAAGGGGGGCUUCCCCAGUGGGAAUGUCCUGAACAGAGAGCUGCCCAGCAGCUACCCGGAUGGACAAAGGGGAGAAACGACUCUCCAAAGUGUUAGCAAUGUUGGCGGUAAUGAUAGCAGCAGCGAUAGCAGCAGCGAUAGCGGGGGGGGAAGAACGGGUGAGCACCACAGUGGCGAAAACAUCGAACGCAGCCAGAAGAGCGCCGCAAACCAGCAGAGUGCACUGCACCUUUUCGGCAAAAGUGAAAAAUUAAAAAGUGAAUCAAAAUUUGCCCUCAUGGAUUAUCUGAAGGACUUCUUCCAGAAAUCCACAUACAUGAAAAAGUUCCAAAACUUUAUCGAAAUUUUUUUUAACAAAUAUGAUCAGCGUGUAUUGGAGUCCACGAUUUUUUUUAAUUUUGACGAAACGUUGUUUUAG